AUGCCAUUCAGCCUCGUAAUCCAAGACUCAGACGACUCGGACGCUGAACUCAGCGACAUCGCUACCUCCAUCGACCCACUUCAAAACAACACUACCACGGCCAAUCCUGCCAUUACAUUACGGGGUUUUCCGCCCAUCGAUCAGUACGAACAACAUGCCAGUAAUAAUAAUAGCAAUUAUAAUAAUCAGGUGGUGGGAGAAACCACCAUUGGAAACGGGAAUGGCGCUGAGAGUAACUCGAAUAAUCAUGGCCCCCCAAGCUUCGAUCCCAACCUCAGCGUCAAUUUCGAUCAAUUCCUCGCGUCACAAUCGCAGGAUCAGGCGGAGACAGGGUCCGUUUCACUGUCCCAGCAACAGAGGGAGAGGGCGUGGCUUGGGGAAGAAGAUGGGGAUGGUGCAUAUUCCAGCUUGAUGCAGGCCCCUAGAAGAAGUAUUUUGAAAAGGGGGAGGACGAUAGAUGUUAGGAAAAAUGAGGUGGAAAAUGUGAGUGGAGGGGAAAGGAAUGUUAAGAGGAGGCGGACGAUGGAUGCGUCUGGAGCAUUUCAAGAUGCUGUCGGCAAACGUGUUGGUUUUGCUGCUGGUUCGCCGGAGCAAGAUGAGGAUGGCUGUGGUGUUAGGGAAGAAUUAUCGACUGAUCGUAUGAUUGAUACGGACGCGUCUCUAUCCCCUGAAAAAGACGGUGGAGAUGGUACUUUCGGAGAAGAUUUGGCUAGUGAAGCCCCGAAUACUCCGAGCGAUCAUCCCUCUGCAGCUGAAACUGUAUGGGAGCCUCCGCUCACACCCGGGUCAGAUGCUCGCUCCAGAAAACAACCGACAGGACGGUCAAAGUCUACACAAGGAUUCGACGAUACUGCUUACGAUACUGAGCCAAUGUCCUCUAUCACCCUCGCGCGAGCACAUAGGACAAUGUCAUCGCCCUUUAUAAGCCAUCCGCCACCAUCCUCAACAGAGAGCACGCGCGAUGAGCUUUCGCUACCGCCUGUGGUUCAAGUUGCGAUAACCAAUAUGAGACCGACAGCAAUAUCAAAGAAUGAGCCCUCAGCUGCAGAGAGUACUGGGAUGGAGAGUGAUCGGGAUGAGCUGGACUGUAUCAAUGCAGAUUUCGGCGGCAUGCCGAAAGAACGCUACAAGCCACGGCCGAGUAGGUCGCGGAGUAAGGCCAUCGUAAUUGAUACCGGUUUAGGGGUUGACGAGGUUGGUGAUAGCGAGAAUCCCCACGUUGAAGUUGCGGUCCCGCGUGAAGAUUCCACAAUCGCACAAACAUGUCAAUCACGCGAAGACGGAGACUCGACUGUUGCAGAGAUAAGUAACAACCCAGAGGAGUUUAUGUUAAAUCCCACUACCCAGGAUACCCCUCUUGAAGGAUCUAAGCGACAACUCAAAGUGGCGAAGAAGAGGAAGGUUAAGCGGGGAAAGACUACGUCCGUGAUGUUGAAGAGGGCUGUAGAAUCAGAUGUUGAAGAUGACGUGAUAUGGGUAGAUGAGAAGCCGGCAGACGUUAUAUUCAAGGAUACGAGUCAGGAAACCCAACCGCCAAAGGGCCGAAAAGCUAGACGCCGCGAGGAAAGCGACAGAGAGCCGCUUAGCAACAACACCGGGAGUGCCCCGGAAGUAACUGCGCUUAAAGCGAAAACAGAAGACGAAAGCCAUGUGGAACUCGACGAGGUCCAACCAUUACCCUUGGGCCAUACCACUGAUACUGCCGCGCCCGAUCCCGCUCCCGCGCCCAAGAAGCGCGGUCGAAAGCGGAAGAAGACGUCGGAGAGUCUAACUAUGGAGCCGCCAAUCUCCAUCGCAGAAACCGAACCAUCCACCGAUGAUAAGAAAGAGAUUCAACCCCUUGUAGAGCAAGAUCAGAAUAUCCCUGCAUUGAAAGAAGCCCUGGAAGAGAAGGACUUCAAGCCGGAUACCGUGACAGAUAUAGGACCCGCAGCGGAAGUAGAUCAGGUAACACAAUUCAACGAAGAAGAGCAAAAGAAACCCAUUAGUGCAGACACCCUUACAUCUGCACCCCAUUCCAAAUCUCCUCAACCGCAAUCACAACCUUCAAUAAUAACAACCCCAGCACCCGAACCAGUCGAAACGCCCACAAAGCCCCCUAUGAUAACCCAGAGGGGCCCUGACAAGCACAGUCCCAUCACGGUAAACAAGAAGGUAUCGUAUCGGGUGGGCUUGAGCCGUACGGCGAAGAUCGCACCCCUGUUGAAGGUGGUUAGGAAGUAG